CCAUUCUUCCUGCGUCCAGUCUUUGUGAGGCCGAGAUGCAGCUUUUACCAUUCCUGGGUCUUGUCGUCUUCGCGUCCGCGGCGAAGAUAAAACGAGGUGCUUUCCCUUUCGCCGGGAUUUACCCUGCUAUAUACACAGUCAACCUUCCGUAUCAUCUUUCGCCUGUGCCACCGUUGACCGCGGUCGCGGAACUACGCGGCUACGGAGAUGUUGAAGGCAGCGACGGGGUUAAGGGACGUGUCAUGUUCAUUCAAACUGUCGGCGGAGCAGUCCUGAUGUCAGGAAAUGUUACAGGACUGUCUUCUGGAGCUCACGGUUUACACGUUUACGAAUUCGGAGACACGAUGGAAGGAUGCAAAUCGAUGGGGGCUCACUACAACCCCUUAUUCGUUAACCACGGAGGACCGGCUGAUCCGUACAGGCAUGUCGGUGAUCUGGGCAACAUCAUGGCCGGGGAAGACGGAGUCGCUAAGAUCCAAGAGUCAGACCACCUUAUAUCCCUAGGGGGUCCACACUCCAUCGUCGGUCGUGGUCUUGUUGUGCACCAGAACAAGGAUGAUUUCGGCCGUGGCGGGGACAAGGAAAGCCUGAGAACCGGUAACGCCGGAGGACGUGUCGCCUGUGGUGUGAUCGCCUGGGCAAUGCCGCCUCCACCUUACCGGCCACCACCGCCCCCAGCACAACCAGAAAGCACAAGGGAAGAAUGAUUAUGAUAGAUUUUUGAAUAAAAUAUCUUGUAAAAUUUUAUUUUGUAAAUAAAAGCCUGUUAAACAG